CACCUGCUCUCCCGCGGGCAUUGUCCCUUCCUCUGGGCGGCGCUCCCUCGCUUCUGCCGUCUAAGAUAACCCCUUUGAAGGGAGGGCCACGGCACGCCAUCUCUCGGGCCUCCUUUGCUGUGUGUGACCUGUCGCGGCGGUGAACGCACCCCUCGGCCGGCAGAGCCGGGACGUUCACUACAGAAGCGUAAAUGGAUUAAAGUUCCCAACUGGCGCGGGCCGGUGCAGGAGCUGCAAGAGUUGCUUUUAAAGCGGCAAGAACUGGCCGGAGAGUUUGUCUGAACAACAGCGUGCACUGGGUCUCUGAGGCCGGUAGAUGCGACCUGGAACUUUUUUGGUGAACUUUUUGAAAAGUUUUUGGGAAGUUUGAGAAAGUGUUUUUUUGGAGGCUGCGGCGAUGGCGAGCGGGGGUUACCGGCCCCCCGGGAACACCACUGAUUUUCUGGAAGAAUGGAAGGCCAAGAGAGAGAAGAUGAGAGCCCGUUUCGCUGCCGCCACCGGCGCAAGUAACGCGGAGACCGGAUCCAACCGUAACGGCGCCGCUCCCUCGCUGGGCGAGCUGAACAAUAACGGGGGAGACCAGCCGGUGCUGCCCCCGUGGAGGGCGGUUGUACCGACCCCAGCCCCAACCCCGGCACCGGUCCCGGUCCCGGUCCAUCCCCCAGUCCCUACCCCAGUCUCAGUCCCUGUCCCAGUCCCAGUCCCGGCCCCACGGCGCGGGGAGGAGGAGGACGGCAGAAGCAGCGAAGGGGCCGCUAGAAAUUCGCCGGCGGACGGAGACGAAGCGGAGACCCCACCGCCCGCAGCCGCCGCCGCCGCCGCCUCGCCGCCACCGUGCGCCAAGGGCAAGGAGAAGAAAUGUUCCGGGCCGAGCGCCCGCAAGGGCAAGGGGCAGAUCGAGAAAAGGAAACUGCGGGAGAAGCGGAGGUCGACUGGAGUGGUCAACAUCCCCGCCGCUGAGUGUCCCGAUGAGGACAACGACACGUCAGAGCAGAAGCUGCACCAGAGGGAUGACACCACCACCCAGCAGAACACCAUCCUGAACGAGUCCAUUGCAUCAGAUGUCGGCAGCCCACAUUCCGAAACGUCCAGAACCACAACUCGAUGGAAAAGCUCCGUGGGAAACUUUGAUGACGACACCGUCACGAGCUCAGCCAACAGCCGCUACUCGGCCCGAGGAGAGAAGCUGAGCUAUGGUCGCCACGGAAACUCCGCAAGCUCAACCUAUGGCGGUUCAUUAGACAAGAAGUUGGAGGAGCUUGAGACGGAACUCGCUAAGGAGAGACAGGAGAAUCAGAAGCUGAUGAAACUGUUGCAGGAUCGGGAGGAACUCAUCGGGAAGCUGAAGGAGGAAGUCGACCUUCUUAACAGAGACUUGGACGAGAUUGAAGAUGAAAAUGACCAAUUGAAGCAAGAGAACAAGACACUGUUGAAAGUUGUUGGCCAGUUAACCAGGUAGAAGACCUCCCACCCCUACUGCACGUCAUUCUGCGAUAGUUUGACUGGUAACGUGGCAUUCCCUGGACUUUGCUUUGCAAAAGAAACACAAGGGCUGGACCAAGAAUAAGAAAUUCACAGAACCCUCACCCGAGAAUAUUACACACCUUUUCCGAAGAUCUGUCUCACAUGCAAAGUUUUGCAAUACUUUAGGCCUUUGAUCGCAGCUGCUGAGUUUGUUUGUAUGUUUCCCCCAUUGUGUCUGCACCAUCUUCUGCUCCAGCGUCCAUUUAGAAACAGAUUGCCGGUUUAAAUUAUGGCUGUGAAACGCAAGCCCGGGUCUCCUGCCCGUGGCUCCGGUUACAUUCAAACCCCACAAGAGAAGUGUGCGUGCUUCGAGUGUGACAAGAGACAAGGUUUGGAAACACUGAUGCUGAGGAGUGAGAUACAUCGCUGUUGCAAAUAAACCUUUGCUCCAUGGACAAAAACUCAUACCCAACCACAUUUACAUGCACAAUAUCAUAUAUUCAAAGCUUGCUCUGUAACUUUGCUGGGCGCUCAUUUCACCCACAGAAAAUGUAUGCUCAAUCUCACGCUAAACCAUCGCGGAGAUGCUCUUCAUAAGCAGGACGUCUCCGCUCAAGCCCCCACCAUUCAUAUGAUGACGGCUGAUCUGUCUCCAGACCCCAUCUCUAUUACGUCAGUCCUCCCCGAGGCCAUCAAUGUCCUGGUCUUCCUAAAUAUAUCUACCUCCAUUUUAAAUACCCCGAAUAAUUAUGGCUCCACAACCUUCCAGGGUAGAGCGUUCCAGAGAUAAUUCUUUAGACUUUAGAGACACUGAACGAAAACAGGCCCUUUGUCCCACUGAGCCCGCGCCGACCAGUGACACCCGUACACUAGCACUAUCCUACACACUUGGGACAAUUUACAAUUUUACCGAAGCCAAUUAACCCACAAACCCGAACGUCUUUGGAAUGUUGGAGAAAGCCAGAGAACCCGGAGAAAACCCAAGCGGCCACAGGGAGAAUGUACAAACUCUGUACAGACAGCACCCGCAGUCAGGAUCGAACCUGGGUGUUUGCCGCUAUAAAACAGCAACUCUACCGCUGUACCACCAUUUUUUUUUAAGCUCCAUGAGUGCAAGGUCAGUUUAUUCAAUCUUUCCUCAUGAUAGGAUUCAUUGACCUGUAUUUAAGGCAAGCAGAUCUUACCGUGUAAAUAUUGUUUUCGUGCCUGCCAGACAAGGUAGUUGAGGCAGGUACUAUAACAACAUUUAAAAGACACUUGGGCAGGAAAGGUUUAGAAGGAUAUAGGCCAAACGCAGGCAGGUGGGACUAGUGUAGAUGAGACAUCAUCCGCUUGGGCAAGCUGGGUGGAAGGGCCUGUUGCAAUGCCAUAUGACUCUAUGAUUCUCUAAUGCAUUACAGAUUUCAUCAUGCCCGGCCCCUCUGUGCCUGUAGUGCCGCCAUGUUGUGUGUUAAAGGCUGAAGGGCACGAGGUUAGACUGAAAUAAUUUGCUGUUUUCAGAGAUGCUGCCUGGAAAAUAAUAAUGCAACUUUACAAUGAGGGACCAGUAUAGAUGGGGCAUCUUGGUUAGCACGGGCAAGUUGGGCCAAAGGGCCUGUUUCUGUCCUCUAAAUGUGAAAUAUCCUUUAUUACUUGAGACCCAAUCUCCCCUCUAGGUGUGGUCUCACCAACACCAACACCAACACUUCUCCACCUUUCCUUGCGCUCCCCAGAAUCACCAUUCAACACUGGUCGGUUCCUGAGUUGCUGGUUUCCCACACAUUUCCAGAGGAGUACAGGAUAGUGUUUGUGCUAAAAAGACACAAAGAGCAGGAUAUCUCAGUGGGGUCAGGUAGCACUUCUCCAGAUAUGUUGCCUGAUCCGCUGAGUUGCUCAAGAGUCAUGAGUCAGUUGUUUUAUUGUCAUAUGUUCCAAACUGAACUAUGAAAUUCUUAGUUGCAGCAGCACCACAGAAUAUUGUGCUCUGUAAACAACAUAAUAAAAAUGAGUUCACACACAAUUACAGAAAUAUGCGCACAUCAAUAAAAGAAAAAUAGUGCAAAACCAAUGCCCCCAAGCCCAUGUUCGGAGUUUAUUUGGAGGUUGUUGUGUUUAAUAGCCUGUAGGGAAGGACCUCCAGCACUUUGUGCCUUUUUUUCUAAACCGGCAUCUGCAGUUCCUUGUGCCAGAAUGUUUAAGCUGUUGGCUUGACUUGCGCUAUGAGACUGGUUUCAGCCACAGUGUGAUCACGGUCAGUGCAUUAAAACAUGAUGAUUAGGUGAUGAUUAGAAAACACUGAAUCAAAAACAGCUCUCAACCAUUUAGUUUAGUUUAGAGCUACAGCAUGGAAACUGGCCUUUCGGCCCACCGAGUCCAUGCUGCCCAGUGAUCAUCCAUUCACACUAGUUCUAUGUUAUCCCACUUUCUCAUCCAUUUCCUACACACUAGAGGCUAUAAUUUAGUUUGGAGAUACAGCAUGGAAACAGGCCCUUCGGCCCACUGAAUGCAGGUUGAUCAUUGAUCACCUGUUUACACUAGUUAUCCCACUGCACACUCGGGGCAAUUUAGAGACCGAUCAACCUGCAAACCCGCGCACCUUAGGGAUGUGGGAGGAAACCAGAGGAAUCCCACGCGGUCACAGGGUGAACAUGCAAACUCCACACACAGACAGCGCCCAAUGUCUGGAUAGAGCUUGGGUCUCUGGCACGGUGAGGCAGCACCCCUACCCCCGCCACUGUGCUGCCCCACUUUGGAUUUAUGCUUCCCAGUUUUUCUUUGCUCAUCGUUAUGCCACUAAAUUAAACGUGCCGACAUACUGUGAUGUAAGUGAAGACACAGUCAAUGCACCCCUAAGGCUGGGAUAGGCUUAGCAAUGCUAUGUGCAAACCUUCAAAGUUCUUUACCUGUUUAACGUCACUGCAUCUGGCUCAGUCAUUUUCAUUCCUUCCGUUUCCUUUUCGGUUCGACGGAAGAGGUAAUGAUUUUUAUUUCGACUGAAUCAUUUCCAACUAGAUUUGGUGUGUAUUUAUUCUCCGUCGUGUGUGCUGAACUUUGUGUGAGAUGUUCCAGUCACCUCAUUGAGCACCGCCUCUGAACUUCGUUGCGAUAGAAACUCAACGUGGAUCCAGCAUUCAAAUGUACUGAGCAGUAAACAAAGUGCUGGAGGAACUCUGAGAAGGGUCCCGACCCGAAACGUCACCUAUCCAUGUGCUCCGGAGAUGCUGCCUGGCCCGCUGAGUUACUCCAGCUCUUUGUGGCCUUUGCUGGAGGAACUCCGCAGGUCAGGAAGCACCUGUGGGGGGAAUGAACAGCCGACGUUUUAUGUCAUAGUCAUACAGCGUGGAAUCAGGCCCUUCAGCCCAACUUGUCCAUGCUGACCAAGAUGCACCAUCUAUGCUAGACGCAUUUGCCCACAUUUAACUUAUACCCCUCUAAACCUUCCCCGUCAAAGUACCUGUCCAAAUGUCUCUCAAAUGUUAUUGUACCUGCCUUAACUACUUCUUCUGGCAACUUGUUCCAUAUACCCACUUUUUCAGACUGAAGAGGGGUGCCAACUCAAAAUGUCAAUAGACUAUUUCCCGUCACUUACCCUGACCCGCUGAGUUCCUCAAAUACUUUAUUUUUUGUUCAUGAUUACAGCAUCUGCAGUCUCUUGUGUUGGUAUUGGUGUUUGUGUGUACCAAGAUACAGUGAAACACUUUGGCUAUUUGCUCUACAGGCAAAUUGUGCCAUACACAAGUACAAGUACAAGUACCGUGAGUACAAUCAAGCCACACACAAGUACAACAGGCAGUGCAAAGAGACUUGCAUAGUUUUUUGGCAACGUUAUUGUGGUACAGAUAUAGAGGAAAAAGUGCAAAGCGUCCAAUGAGGUAGGUUGGAUGAUCUGGAUUAUCCCCUGGAGGACUGGUUCUGUAGAAAAAGUGCAAUGCCUGCAAUGAAGUAGGUUGGAAGAUCUGGACUAUCCCCUAGAGGACUGGUUCAGUAGAAAAAGUGCAAAGUCUGCAAUAGGUAGGAAGAUUGGGACUAUCUCCUGCAGGACUGGUUCAGUCAUCUGAUGCCAGCGGGGAAGAAGCUGUUCCUGAAUCCGUGUCUGCGGAUGUAAUGACAUUACAUGCCAAGAGCACACAAAGAAAGGACAACAUUCUGUCUUUCGUCUUCAAUUUGAUUACUCAUAACCAUAAAUCACGUGUGACAUUUGCUUGCUUGCACCACAUCCAGAUUACAGCAGUAAAUAUUUUAAAAAAUUGCAAGGGACUUUCUUUUCAAAUGAAUCUACUUUCUAAAAAAAAAAGACAAGCCUGGAGCUUUGAACUUUACAGAAGCUAAUGUAGUCGAGGAUUGCGGGAAUGCAGUCGGAUGGUUGCUGAGGCUAAUUCUAAUGAAUUCUGACAUGCAUUUGAUUUCCUUUUAGGUUAGAUUAGCGCAUCAGAAAGGAUGGUACAAUAUAAACCUGUGCUGUUGCCGAUAGAUUUAUGCAAAAUAAACUCUGACGCACGUCACAAUCA